AUGACACACAUAAUGCCGAAUCAAAUUGAACCCAUUGAAGCUAUCAUUCCUCGAACCAUAAAAGGCGAAGAAAAUGUCUCAAAACGAAGCUAUUUUAAAUUAACAUUUCACCAGUUACUCUCAAUACUCAUUACUGCAACCGUUCCAGUUGUCAUUGGCAUCUAUACAGGUAUUGCAACUUAUCAACAAAUAAAAGCGGCAGACGAACGGCGUGACUUUGAUUUCAAACAAGCUACAGAAUUACAACGGCAGCAUCUCUACAACAAUUUCAUCAACGAUAUAUAUCAAUUACAUAAAGAUGAUGAACUAAAUCAUACACGAAGUCCAUGGGCAUUUGCCAAUGCACGUUUUCGAGUUUUACACCGUCAAAUAGAUGCAUUAAGGAAGGCAUAUAUUUUAAAAUUUCUCAAGGAAAAAGAACUUAUAGGUCGAGGUCAAUGUGGAAAUGGAUGUGAACCUAGGCUAUUAGAUGAUAUUAUUCGUUUGAAUGAAUUGAAUUUUGAUGGUGUUCAAUUAUCAAGUGAAACUGGCACGUUAAACAAACUGAAGUUUCAAUGCGUUAAAUUUGAUCAUGCUUCACUUAUUGGUGCAACCUUUGCAAAUGUUGAUUUGAGUGGAACUGCAUUCGAUCAUUCACAAUUGAAUGGUGUUCAGUUUAAUAAUUCGUUGCUUGCUUGUGCUACGUUUAAUGGAUCACAUUUGAAUGGUACAGAUUUUGCUGAUUCAAAUUUGGAAAGCGCAGUAUUUGCUAAUGUGAACUUGUCAACAGCUAAACUAACGCCACAUCAGUUACGGCAGGCUAAAUUUCUAAAUGUGACGAUGCCAAAUGGAACAAUGUCAAGUAACUGGACGGGAACAUCUCCUAUUACAUCGAUCAAAAGUACAGUUCAAAUAUCAAGUACAAUGGAAACAGGAUUGGCAGGUGGUGAUAGUUCAAUGACUGCAGAAUCAAACACGAUAUCCAAAAGAACAAUGUCGCCAAGUAUGGAAAUGACAAGCGCCAAAAGUGAGAGGAUAUCGAUUUCAACAACUACCGCGGCAACUACAACAACUUCUACGACAACAAGCACUAUAUCAACGACUCUUAAGGCAACAAUAACGACAACUACAACAACAGCAACAACGACUACUACAGUAACAACUGUAAAAGCAACAACCACCAGAACAACAACAGAGACCAUUAUUAACGCAACAGCAGCUGCAAGUACAACAGCUACAGUCGAAAAAGCAACAAAAGUGUCCACCGCCACAGAAGUAGCAUCAACCAUAAUAACAACAACGACUAGAACAACUGGCAUAACAGCCGCACCCACGACCACCGUCACAAUAGGAGGACCAGACACAAAAACAACAGCGACUACAAACAUUACAUUCCCAAGAGCAACAACAACCACCACAUUAACAACUUGUUGCAUCAACAAUGUGACAAAGCCAUGCUGCAAACUAAAAGUUACUAUUGUUGAAGGGCGUCGUCUCACAAGCGAAGACCCCAUGGGUCAGAGUGACCCUUUUGUCGAAAUUUAUUUGCAUAAGUCACACCAAAAACAAGAGGCAAAUGUCGUCCAAAACAACAGGAAUCCAGUAUGGAAUCAAACUUUUACAUUCGAUGUUCAUCCGCAAGAUGAUUUAAUCGUAUUCGAUGUCAAAGAUAAAGAUGUAAGCAAUCACGACAUGAUCGGGACUGGUACAGUGGAACUGAAAAAUGUUUUCGAUGACGGAAAAUUUGAUGAAUGGGUCACAAUACAUGUUGGUAGUAGUUCGACGGGCGACAUUCACGUUAGAAUGAGUAUAUAG